GAGACAGCGGGGUGGAGUGUGGGUUUGUUAGCCUUGAUGUUUUCCUUGAAAAUGGACGAAUUCUAACACUACAAAACGAUUUUUAUUAUACCAAGUAUUUAUUAUAUAUCAACAUUAUACUGCGAAGAUACAGGACACAUUUUGGUUUGAGGAACACCUUGAACAAGUAAAAUGUCACGGGGGGUAAUGCAGCCGAGCCAGCAAAAGCUGGCAGAGAAAUUCACCAUCCUUAACGACAGGGGAAUCGGGAUGCUCACCCGGAUCUAUAACAUCAAAAAGCAAGGACAAGUUUGGAAGGCAUGCGGGGACCCCAAAGCAAAGCCGUCAUACCUGGUAGACAAAAACUUGGAGUCGGCGGUUAAGUUUAUCGUACGGAAAUUCCCAGCAAUAGAGACACGAAACAAUAAUCAACAGCUUACACAGCUUCAAAAAGAAAAGUCUGAAAUACUAAAGAAUCUAGCUCUAUAUUACUUCACAUUUGUGGAUGUCAUGGAAUUCAAGGACCAUGUUUCUGAAUUGCUGAACACUAUUGACGCUUGCCAGGUUUUCUUUGAUGUUACGGUUAACUUUGACCUCACCAAGAACUACCUUGACUUAGUUGUCACCUACACUACACUAAUGAUGUUACUGUCCCGUAUUGAAGAGCGGAAAGCAAUCAUUGGACUCUACAACUACGCCCAUGAAAUGACACACGGGGCCAGUGACAGGGAAUACCCAAGGCUGGGCCAAAUGAUCGUGGACUAUGAGAAUCCUCUGAAAAAGAUGAUGGAAGAGUUUGUCCCUCAUGGGAAGUCUUUGUCAGACGCACUCAUCUCGCUGCAGAUGGUCUACCCCAGGAGGAACCUGUCCGCAGACCAGUGGAGGAACGCCCAGCUUCUGAGCCUGAUUAGCGCCCCCAGUACCAUGCUCAACCCAGCCCAGUCAGACACAAUGCCCUGUGAAUACCUCUCCUUAGACUGUAUGGAGAAAUGGAUUGUGUUCGGGUUCGUCCUGUGCCACGCGGUGCUGAAUACUGACCCAGCAGCGCUGAGCCUGUGGAAGCUGGCCCUCCAGAGCAGCACCUGCCUCUGUCUCUUCAGGGAUGAGGUCUUCCACAUCCACAAGGCCUGUGAGGACCUGUUCGUCAACAUCCGUGGUAUCAGUCCAAAGUCAUCUGUACCAAGCUACAAUAAACGUCUAAAUGACAUCAAAGAAUGCAAAGAACAAGCACUGUCGCACGCUGGAUCCAUGCAUAGAGAAAGGCGCAAGUUUCUUAGGUCUGCCCUGAAAGAGUUGGCCACAGUUCUGUCUGACCAGCCUGGACUGCUGGGCCCAAAGGCUCUGUUUGUGUUCAUGGCUCUCUCUUUCGCCCGGGACGAGAUCAUCUGGCUCCUCCGCCACGCAGACAAUAUACAGAAAAAAAGCACAGAUGACUUCAUUGACAAGCACAUUGCAGAGCUCAUCUUCUACAUGGAGGAGCUCAGGGCACACGUCAGGAAGUAUGGUCCCGUAAUGCAACGGUACUAUGUGCAGUACCUCUCCGGCUUUGACGCUGUGGUUCUCAACGAGCUUGUGCAGAACCUCUCCGUCUGCCCUGAGGACGAAUCCAUCAUCAUGUCCUCCUUUGUGAACACCAUGACCUCCCUCAGCGUGAAGCAAGUGGAGGACGGAGACGUGUUUGAUUUCCGGGGCAUGAGGCUUGACUGGUUCCGUCUGCAGGCCUACACCAGUGUGUCCAAAACCUCUCUGGGCAUCGCUGACCACCGGGAGCUGGGCAAGAUGAUGAACACCAUCAUAUUCCACACCAAGAUGGUGGACUCCCUGGUGGAGAUGCUGGUGGAAACCUCGGACAUCUCCAUCUUCUGCUUCUACAGCCGAGCAUUUGAGAAGAUGUUUCAGCAGUGUUUGGAGCUGCCCUCACAGUCGCGCCACUCUAUCUCGUUCCCCCUGCUGUGCACACACUUCAUGAGCUGCACCCACGAGCUCUGUCCCGAAGAGCGGCAUCACAUUGGCGACCGCAGUCUGUCGCUCUGCAACAUGUUCCUGGACGAGAUGGCCAAGCAGGCGCGCAACCUCAUCACCGACAUCUGCACCGAGCAGUGCACGCUCAGUGACCAGCUGCUCCCUAAACACUGUGCGAAAACCAUCAGUCAGGCAGUGAACAAGAAGUCUAAAAAGCAGACUGGGAAGAAAGGUGAGCCGGAGCGAGAGAAGCCGGGUGUUGAGAGCAUGAGGAAGAACAGGCUCCUGGUCACCAACCUGGACAAGCUGCACACGGCGCUGUCGGAGCUGUGCUUCUCCAUCAACUACGUGCCCAACAUGGUGGUGUGGGAGCACACCUUUACCCCCCGCGAGUACCUCACCUCCCACCUGGAGAUCCGCUUCACCAAGUCCAUUGUGGGGAUGACCAUGUACAACCAGGCCACGCAGGAGAUCGCCAAGCCCUCCGAGCUGCUCACCAGCGUGCGUUCCUACAUGACGGUGCUGCAGUCCAUCGAGAACUAUGUGCAGAUCGACAUCACGCGGGUGUUCAACAACGUGCUGCUGCAGCAGACCCAGCACCUGGACAGCCACGGGGAGCCCACCAUCACCAGCCUCUACACCAACUGGUAUCUGGAGACCUUGCUCCGGCAGGUAAGCAAUGGCCACAUUGCCUACUUCCCUGCCAUGAAGGCCUUUGUCAACCUGCCCACGGAGAACGAGCUCAUCUUUAACGCUGAGGAGUAUUCGGAUAUAUCCGAGAUGAGGUCACUGUCGGAGCUGCUGGGACCCUAUGGCAUGAAGUUCCUCAGCGAGAGCCUCAUGUGGCACAUAUCCUCCCAGGUGGCAGAACUCAAGAAACUGGUGGUGGACAACGUGGAAGUUCUUAACCAGAUGAGGACCAGCUUUGAUAAGCCAGAGCAGAUGGCUGCCCUCUUUAAGAAGCUCUCAUCUGUUGACAGCGUCCUGAAAAGGAUGACCAUUAUUGGAGUCAUCUUGUCAUUCCGAUCACUGGCCCAGGAAGCACUCCGCGAUGUGCUGUCCUGCCACAUUCCUUUCCUGGUGAGCUCCGUCGAGGAUUUCAAGGACCACAUUCCCAGAGAGACAGACAUGAAGGUGGCCAUGAACGUGUAUGAGCUGUCGUCUGCAGCAGGCCUGCCCUGUGAGAUAGACCCAGCCUUAGUGGUGGCCCUUUCCUCACAGAAAUCAGAAAACAUCAGCCCGGAGGAGGAGUAUAAGAUCGCCUGUCUGCUCAUGGUCUUCGUUGCCGUUUCCAUGCCAACUCUGGCCAGCAACGUCAUGUCUCAAUAUAGCCCUGCAAUCGAAGGGCACUGCAACAACAUUCACUGUCUGGCGAAAGCUGUCAACCAGAUAGCUGCUGCCUUGUUCACCAUUCACAAGGGAAGCAUUGAAGAUCGUCUCAAAGAAUUUCUGGCUCUGGCAUCUUCCAGCUUGCUGAAGAUCGGCCAGGAGACCGACAAAAUGACGACACGAAACAGGGAGUCUGUGUACCUGCUGCUGGACAUGAUUGUCCAAGAAUCUCCAUUCCUCACCAUGGACCUCCUGGAGUCCUGCUUCCCCUACGUGCUACUGAGAAACGCUUACCACGCCGUCUACAAGCAGAGCAUCAGCUCCUCUGCAUAAGUCUCCUCUUCAGAACAGAAGUCCCUCACCAGGGACAUCAAGUGGACCACGGGAGCCUUGCUAACAUAAACUGCCAUGUGCUCAUUUCACUUGGUCUUAAAACUACACUACAGUAUGAAGUUGUGGGAUACAUUUUUUUCUCCUCAUGAAAUUGCAUUAAUGACCCGUCGUUUCCUAAAGGAGUCAUAGUAACCUAUGAGUUUUGGUUGAUAAAAAAAAAAAAAGAUUGACACUACG